AUGUCUUCCCUCCUCCGAACUUCCCUUCGCCAUCCAACUCCUUUCCUCCGUCCUCUCGCAGCAUCUUUCGGCGCCACCCAGACCAGAUCGCCCAUCUACUUCCGCACUAUGGCUACCCUUCAGAAAAUCAAGGUUAAGAACCCUGUCGUCGAGCUUGACGGCGACGAGAUGACCCGCGUCAUCUGGCAGGUCAUCAAGGACAAGUUCAUCUUCCCCUACCUUGAUGUUGACAUCAAGUACUACGAUCUCGGUCUCGAGUACCGCGACGAGACCAACGACCAGGUCACCAUCGAUGCCGCCGAGGCCAUCAAGAAGUACUCUGUCGGCAUCAAGUGCGCCACCAUCACCCCCGAUGAGGCCCGAGUUGAGGAGUUCAAGCUAAAGCAGAUGUGGCUCUCCCCCAAUGGUACUAUCCGUAACGCCCUCGGUGGCACCGUUUUCCGCGAGCCCAUUGUCAUUCCCCGCAUUCCCCGUUUAGUCCCUGGCUGGGAGAAGCCCAUCAUCAUUGGCCGUCACGCCUUCGGUGACCAGUACCGCGCUAAGGACACCGUCAUUCCUGGCCCUGGCAAGCUGUCCAUGGUCUACACCCCCGAGGGUGGCGAGCCUCAGGAGAUUGAGGUCUUCCAGUUCAAGAACGGCGGUGGUGUCGGUCAGACCCAGUACAACACUGAUGAGUCCAUCACCGGCUUCGCCCACGCCAGUUUCAAGCUCGCUCUCGACAAGAGCCUGCCCCUGUACAUGAGCACCAAGAACACCAUUCUCAAGAAGUACGAUGGCCGCUUCAAGGACAUCUUCCAGGAGAUUUACGACACCCAGUACAAGAAGGAGUUCGAGGCCAAGAAGAUCUGGUACGAGCACCGCCUCAUCGACGACAUGGUCGCCCAGAUGAUCAAGAGCUCCGGUGGUUACAUCAUGGCUCUCAAGAACUACGACGGUGACGUCCAGUCCGACAUCGUCGCCCAGGGCUUCGGCUCUCUCGGUCUCAUGACCUCAGUCCUCAUCACCCCCGAUGGCAAGACCUUCGAGUCCGAGGCCGCCCACGGUACCGUCACCCGCCACUACCGUGAGCACCAGAAGGGCCGUGAGACCUCCACCAACCCCAUUGCCUCCAUCUUCGCCUGGACCCGUGGUCUCGUCCAGCGCGGCAAGCUCGACGACACCCCCGAGGUCGUUGCCUACGCCGAAGCUCUUGAGAAGGCCUGCAUUGACACCGUCGAUAUUGACAACGUCAUGACCAAGGAUCUCGCCCUCGCCUGCGGCAAGAAGGAGAGGAGCGACUACGUCACCACAAACGAAUACCUCGACGCUGUUGAGAGACGUCUCAAGAGCACCCUCAAGGAGAAGCUGUAA